AUGUCAUCCUCGGCGCCUCUGUCGUCGACCGCUGAGAACAGCAAUGACGUCGACAACGUCCAUGAAGAACACACCAAUCAAAACAAUGUCAACGAUAUUGUUCCCAGUCUCCCCAACCAUCUCGCCGAGGAGAAAGGCGCUGAUCUCGUGGACAGCCCUAUUCCCCUGUUGACAUGGCGUUCCUUCGUUAUGGGUAUUCUGGUCUCUAUGGGCGGUUUUGUUUUCGGUUAUGACACUGGCCAGAUUUCUGGUUUCCUUGAGACACCGGAUUUCUUGGAGAGAUUUGGACAAUGGAACGGCACCAAAUUUUACUUUAGUAAUGUGCGAAGUGGUCUGAUUGUCGGCCUGUUGUCAAUCGGAACAUUGAUAGGUGCCUUGACUGCCGCUCCCAUCGCAGAUCGCUUUGGCCGCAAAUGGAGUAUCUCUGGGUGGUGCGUGAUACUAUGCGUGGGGGUCACAGUGCAGAUUUCAUCACCUUCAGGAAAAUGGUAUCAAGUGGCUGUUGGUCGCUUAAUUGCUGGUCUUGGUGUCGGUGCCCUGUCUCUCUUGGUACCCAUGUAUCAAGGUGAGAGCGGUCCUCGACAUAUCCGUGGUUCCUUGAUUAGCACCUACCAGCUCUUCGUCACCCUGGGCAUUUUCGUUGCAUACUGCAUUGACUUUGGUACCGAGGCCAGAUCUGACACUGGCUCAUGGCGUAUCCCCAUGGGCAUCACCUAUCUCUGGGCCAUCAUUCUCGGCGUAGGCAUGUCCUUCUUCCCCGAAUCCCCGCGAUAUGACUACCGAAAUGGGAAGGUCGAGCAAGCAGUCAGCAACCUGGCCAAAAUCUACGGCCUUCCCGAAAACCACCGUGCUUUGGCUCAGGAAUUCCAGGAGAUCAAGCAGAAAUACGAAGAAGAAGUCUUGCGCGGUAAGGUAACAUGGUUUAUGAUGCUGAAGGGAGACCGCAUGAAAUACCGCAUCAUGGUGGGCAUGGCCUUGCAAGCUCUGCAGCAGCUUACUGGCGCCAACUACUUCUUCUACUACGGCACAACCAUCUUCCAAGGUGCUGGUAUCCAGAACUCGUUCGUCACGCAGAUGAUUCUCGGAGGCGUCAAUUUCGGAAGUACAUUCCUCGGUCUGUACAACAUCCAGAACUUCGGUCGUCGUAAGUCCCUGAUUGCAGGCGCUCUGUGGAUGUUUAUAUGCUUUAUGGUAUUUGCUUCUGUUGGCCACUUCAAACUCGACCGUGAACAUCCCGAAAGCACAAAGUCUGCUGGUAUUGUGAUGGUCUGUUUCGCCUGCUUCUUCAUUGUCGGAUUUGCCUCUACCUGGGGCCCCAUGGUUUGGACUAUUAUUGCUGAGCUGUACCCAUCCGAAUACCGAGCCCGUGCAAUGUCACUUGCAACAGCCUCGAACUGGCUUUGGAAUUUCUUGCUUGCCUUUUUCACCCCGUUCAUUACCGGUGCCAUUGACUUUAGGUUUGGGUACGUGUUUGCGGGUUGUCUGUUCCUCGCGGCUGGGUUGGUUUACUUUGCUGUUAUCGAGGGUAAGGAUAGAACCUUGGAAGAGAUUGAUACGAUGUAUGUGAGAAGAGUUAAGCCUUGGGAGAGCUCCAAGUAUGUCUUCCCUCCGGACGGAGCGCUGGCUGUAGGACGCGAUUCGGAGCAUACUGGGAAGAAUGAGGGUCCACAGUCAACAAGACAGGAGAAUGUUGCUUGA